CGCAGCGAUUUCACUUGCACCGCAACGACGACUGCCACGGAAGCGCGACGGCUCUGCUGGAGAGAACUCGAUGCGCAGCGCAGUGACGAGGGACGCCUAUCGCUUCGCGCCGUUGCCGUCGCCUGAAACGCCGUUACAGCUCACGCUACUUCUGACAUAGAGUGUCGGCCCACCUGCACGAGCUGCUCAUGGACGGACAUGUGUAAAUAGCCGACUGGCGACUGACUGUACCCGAAGGUGUGAAGCACAAGCAUGGCGUCUUUCGCGCCCGUCUACAGGCUGCCUGCCUCGCAGCAGUCCUUCCUGACGCGAGAGCAAAAGCGCGAGCGCAAGCGUAAGCGAAAUGCAAAAGAUGCUGACCAAGACGAUCAAGUAUCUAGCGACGAGGAUGAGCAGAAGACGGAAGCCGAAAUUUCUGCACCGGUGAAGCUUGAGGCCUCUGAGAACAAGCCUCGUGUCCUCCAUCCAGUCAAUAAGAGAGACCCUUACUAUGUCGCUGGAUGGUCGCGCGAACAUCCCCUACCUGGGGGCAAUUUUCCCCAUGCUGCCUAUACGGAGCCUGCUGCGGAAAAGCCGAGCGUGGAAGACGAGCUGGCACGACUGAACCCUCCCAUUUACGUACCCAAGAAGAGACCCGACGACCCGAUAGGCUCGGUCAGAGGUCGGCAUCUGAACAACUUGACCGCGAUUCUACACAAGUGCAUGUUGAACCAGGACUGGAAACGGGCUUCUCGCGCUUGGGGUCUGAUACUGCGAACGGAAAUUGCUGGAUUCGCUCCAGACAUCAGGCAGCAUGGUCGAUGGAUGGUCGGAGCAGAGCUGCUCAUGCGUCGAGAUCAGAAGUCGGAGCCACUUUCGACGUCUGUUGAUGAGCAGGGCUUCGAAACAGACCGCCCAACCACUUCGCCCAGUGCCCCAGUGAUCUCUGAUGAGGGUUUUCAACUGGCACGCGAGUACUACGAACGCAUGUGUUUACAAUAUCCUCAUAUCCCGAGAGCUCGCCAUUCGAGUGUGAACGCGUACGCAAUUUACCCAGCGCUCUUCAAUAUCUGGCUAUAUGAGAUACAGGACAGGUCCCAGCGUGCUCGGCAAAAGCUUGCUGACCUCCACGAGGCUGCGGACUCUGACGACGUAGAGAGUGUGCGCAGUGAUCAGCCUGACCCGAAACGCCAUUUGCGACUGAUUCGCUUGCGUGAGAUAUCCGACGCAAGGCCACUUGUGAAAAGGCUCGAUGAUCUCCUCCUAAAUCCACCUUGCGAUACCUCUCCCGAGCUCUUGGAGCUGAGAGGCAUGAUCAGUUUGUGGCUUGCGAAUGUGCACAGGAGUCUGGCCGAGGUCAAGGACCUGACCGAGACUGAUCACAAUGACGAAACCCAAGAGUUGGAGCCUUCGUCUGCCCAGCAUUCAAUUCAAGCCGAAUUGGAACGAGACAAAGCGAAAGAUAUAUUCCAGAGGAUGACGAGCAGAGGCAUGAAGUUGUCACCGGAAAAUGCGACUUUUCUUGAGGGUGAUAACAGCAGAGUGGACGACGACGAGGGCUGAACCUAACAAAGUUCUCUAUACAUUCGUCCUUCAAUCAUACAUUCGCGUCACGGGGUGACCACUUUGACGAAAAUUUAUCGGAUCGAACAAUGCUCUAACGCAUGAAAUACAAAAUCGCAUACACAACCCCGUGUCCGCAUGUUGUCCAAGCCACGGCUUUGGCAACAAAAGCCAUCCAUCUUUUAGCCAGCGACAGUAGAGUGUGCUCGCGCUCUGCGGUCCAUCCGUCGUGCAUCUGGUCGAUGUGCACGAGUAGCAGCAGCGUUCCUACGAAUGGAACACCUCCGCCGCAUAUCGACCCAAGCGUCAAGCCCGGCGGCUGAGAGUGAUCCGGCUGCAUUUGUAACAAUCUCCAGCCAUAGCACGACCAGAUCCAGCUAGAUACCAGGAUGCCGCCGAAGAUAAUAUGAAUCAGCGCCAAUAACCCGGAGACCGCCCGCCGAAAUCCAAGGACCGCUAUCCUCUCUCUACAUUGAGGAUCCAAUCCGAGAAGUUGCCGCCCACGUGCUGACAUUCGGACGAAAAGAGCGCCAACGAGUGUCAUGGCGCUCCACGGCAGGCCAUAGUGAACCGCUGCAGAAGAAGCCAGAGCUGUCACCAGCAGCGAUGCUCCACUGAUCGCCAAGGUGAUGUGUCUACGUUCCAACGGCAGCGCGCCAAAGAACAGCGCGGCCGAAAUAUGAACAGCCACCAUCCGUUCUGUCGUGUAGUCGGCAUCGAUUGGCAUCGGUCUCCACAACGCAAGCCAUCCUAGUGCUAGCAAAAUACUGGCAGCAAGAUCACUCUGCUGUACGAAACCGUACUCCAGGACCGCGGCGAGGAAUUCGAGCGUAAUAAUAUUCAUCCAGGAUCCAUCCCACCUCCGUGUCGCUGUCAUGUCGUAUCCCACGCGGCAGAAAUCCAGCAGGCGAAUACCCGUCAACAACCACGGCAAAAGCCUCCUCAUUGUUGCAAGGGCGUUAGCUCUGUAUUGGCGAUUGAUGCUAAGGUACGCGAAAGUACAAAGCACCAUUAGUGGUAUUGGCCAUGCUGGGAUGAUGUGGACGCCCAAUUCGAGUCGUGGCUGAUCGCUCGCUGUUACCCAGAAGGGUCCAGUAGUUCCGGUCUUCAUCAUCGGCCGCUCAUACCCAAGAUGUGAAGCAGGGCACCAUGCCUUGAGGUGAACAUUUGGAGAAAUUGGAGCCUGGCACCAAGACGCCUGAGAGUUUGCUGCGCCGCAAAGUGAUCAGCACAACGGCCCGAGAGUUUACCACACGUCUCGUGCUGUGCGGAAUGUGCAACCAGAAAGACAUGACGUACAUCCCUCCAAAGUUACGAAGCGCAAACCGUAAUAGAAGGCCACCAGACAUGCUGUAUCAUAGAAGGCUUCAGUGCAAAGCCGGCGACAUGGUGCCAAGUUGUCACUCUCCUACCGUAUCUACGGUGACCCUACGUUAGGAAGAAUGAACUUGGUCCAAGGUUCCGUUAGACCCUCGUGGUGGUUGUUCUGCUCAUCAUUUGGGGAUUGGGAUAGAGACUUGAGGUGUAAGCUAUAGAAUGGUGCGGCCAAUACGAAUCUCGUGUGCUGUCGACACGGGCGAGAUGUAGAUAUUGUUCCUUAUUGGCAGAGUUAUCCUCCGACAAAAAUGCUGGACUAUGAAUGUUGCCCUGUAACAUAAGUCAAUAUACCUUGGCG